GCUUAGAUUGUUGCAGUGCACUGCAACAAGCCGCAGCCGCAAAGAGAAAUGCAUUUGUGUUACUGUGAAGAAAAAUGGCGUCAUGCGUAGGGGAAUCACCGCAAGACAAAGCUAGUGUCGGAGGUGGAAAUUGCUCACAUGCUUGUGAAAGCUUUCCCCAUGACAGUGAAAAGCCCCAAGGGAUCGCAGAUAUAGAGAAACCCAGCGAUGAUCAAUCCCAACAGCAGUCCCAACCAGGAGACCAGACCGUUCCGGAGCAUCAAAGUCAGCCACAUAGAACAAAACUUUUUGUUAGGGUGGAGGAUAAACAGUGGCCCAUUGUCUACUCCCCCGAUUACAACAUUGGUUUCUUAGGACUGGAGAAACUCCACCCGUUUGACUCUGGAAAAUGGGGGAAAGUUUUCAACUUUUUAAAAGAAAAAGGGAUGCUGAGUGAUGAAACUAUAAUCCGUCCCUCAGAGGCAACAACAGAAGACCUCCUUGUGGUUCACACCAAAAAAUACCUGGACAGUUUAAGGGAAAACAUUGCCAGAGCUAUUCCUGAGUGGAGUGUGACGGUCGCAACCAUCACUGAGGUACCUCCAGUAGCUCUACUCCCAAAUGUGGUCGUCCAGAGAAAAGUACUCAAACCACUCAGAACACAGACUGGGGGAACAAUCCUGGCAGGCAAGUUGGCCAUGGAGCGCGGCUGGGCCAUAAAUAUCGGUGGUGGCUUCCAUCAUUGUUCCAGUGACAGAGGGGGUGGCUUCUGUGCCUAUGCAGACAUCACGCUUGCCAUUAAGUUUCUUUUGCAGCUGGGUAUGGUGAAGAAGGUCAUGAUUAUUGACCUGGAUGCUCACCAAGGCAACGGCCACGAGAGAGAUUUCAUGAACAUGCAGGACACGGUCUACAUCCUGGACAUGUACAACAGAAGUAUCUACCCUCAUGAUGGGUACGCCAAGCGAGGAAUUAGGCAAAAAGUGGAGCUUGAUUUCUUUACAGACGAUGGCCCAUUCCUGAGAGCAGUAGAUAAAUAUUUCAAAAAAGCUUUGGAGGAAUUCCUACCCGAUCUGAUCGUCUACAACGCUGGUACAGAUAUACUCGAAGGAGACCCUCUGGGUGCCUUGUCCAUCUCACCAGAGGGCAUCAUACAGCGAGACCAGCUGGUGUUUGAGAUAGCCAGGAGGAGAGAGAGGCCGAUUCCACUCUUGAUGGUCACGUCUGGCGGUUACCAGAGAAACAAUGCCAGCAUCAUCGCGGACUCCAUUCUCAACCUCAGACGGCUCAAGCUGAUUGAGUGCCCGCAGGCUGAGGAGCACCUCAAGGCCCAAGUACAGCCUGCAAGUCGAGAAUCUGAUGUGGACACCGGAGCAGCCAAUGCAAAUCCAACUGGCACUAGAAGCUGGAGAUCGUGGUUUAGUUUUAAGAAAUAGUACCGAAUGAUAGAGAGCAGAGAUUUGUUCUAGUUAACUGAAUGUGAACUCUGACGGCUUGUAGGAAAUAUGAAAUUUCUGACUGGCCCUGUAUUGAGGGCACUGUUUCCUUCGCUGGGAAAAUUUCGGACCAAAUUUGUCGACCAACACACGUGUAGCGAGUCCUCACAACUGCACUGCCAGUACAUGUAAGGUUGUUUGCCUGCACUGGUGUCCAACAACAUUAUCUCCUGGUCUUUAUUUUUUACAGUUGGCAAUCAAGAUUAUCGCCCACUUCCUCUUUGUUCCAAUGGGCGUGGCAAAUACGAGGGAAACAGUAAGUUGUCUGGGAAAGUAACUGAAAAGUCAUGAAAAAUGGAAAAAAUGUAAUUCAUUUUUUUUUGAUACUGAGAGAAAGGGGAAUAUUUUUGUCUGUAUCAGUUCUCUCCCUUUAUUGUUAUUAUCAUCAUAAUGUUGCUAGCAGGCUGGAUCUCCUGCAGCGAUCAUACCUCCCUUGUUCCUUCGACAGGCAGCCAGCUCAGUUGUGGUCUCCACCCUAGAAUCCCUCCUCUUCCUUCCAGAAGUGUAAAAAAACCCCCAAAUGUAGGCUGACCCCUCGGAAGGGACAUAAAAAGUUGCAUGAAAACAGUUCCAAAUUUUUGGGCCCCCCCAAAAAAAUUCCGUUCUGGAUCUGCCCUUAAGACUGAGGUACUAUAUGUUGAAAUAAACAGGAUGUAAAAAGUACUUGUAUAGUUUACAUACAUAUAUGCAAAGAGAACUUCCGCUUUAUUUAAUUGAAAAUACUUGAUUUCAGUUUAAUCCUUGUCCAUGCAGAACAUUUUACUGAAUAAUGUUAGAAGCAUAUUUCAAAAGCGAUCAUCGUGUACUUUGAAAAUUAUGUACGAGCCCUUGCUCUCCCACUGUUGAUGGUUAUUUGGUUGGGCCAUGUCUGAAUGUAGACGUGUCGGCCAUCUUGAAAGUGAGGUCAAACUUUUCUUUUGGGGGACCUUAUGGGUUGUACUACACCAAAUACGCGCUC